AAGUGAAGGUCGGUCGAUCAUGGACGGCGGCGGAGAGAGGUCGGUGCGGGUGAAUAUAGAGGCCCAGGCGAGUGAUCCGGCGGGGUUGGCAACGCCGUUCGAGCCGCAGCUGUCGGACGGCUCGCCGCCGAGGUCGAGCAUGCAGAGCCUGGGCGGUGGCGGUGGGGUUGACGACGACGGCGAUGGCCAAGCGCGUGAGGUGGAGGCGGCGGGAGGAGGAGGAGGAGGGAGGCGGGAGGAGGAGGCGGUGGUGGUGGCGGCGGUGGGGCCGGAGCGGAGGCUGACGAUGCUGGCGCUGCGGCUGGCGAUACUGGAGAAGGCGGCGAGCGGGCUGGGCGCGCUCGGGUUCAUCUGGGCCACCGUCGUGCUCCUCGGCGGCUUCGCCAUCACGCUCGGGAGGGUGGAUUUCUGGUCGGUCACCGUCAUCCUCCUCAUCGAGGGCGCCCGCAUAUUCAGCCGCAGCCAUGAGCUGGAGUGGCAGCACCAGGCCACGUGGUCGCUCACCGCCGCCGGCCGCUCCAGCUUCCGCCUCGUCGCCCGCUCCUUCCGCUUCGUCUUUGGCCUCGACGACGACGGCAAGGUCCCCGCCUCCGCCGCCGUCGCGCCUAGGAUGAGACGAAGCCGACGGCUGAGCAGAUGGACUGGGUGGUUCACCUGGAGCUUCCUGUCACGGCAAGUCGGGCGGGUGUUCUACUGGCUGCAGCUGGCGUCGGCGACGGCGUGCGUCACGCUGUCGGCGGUGCGGCUCGCCAGGCAGGACUUCGGCGAGGCGGAGGACGCGCGGACCAACCGGCGGUCGGCGCUCGACAUCUUCUACGGCCUCGCGCUCGCCGAGGCGCUGCUGUUCUUGAUGGAGAAGGCGAUGUGGGAGUGGGAGGUGAGCUACGGCCGCCUCCUCGAGCGCGUCGCCGGCGAGUACCACCUCCCCGGCGAGCCUGGGCUGGUCGCCGUCCGCCGCUUCUUCUACGACGCCUACUCCCGCUGCGUCGACGGGAGCAUCUUCGACGGCCUCCGGAUGGACCUCGUCUCCUUCGCCGAGGAGCUCAUCGUCGGCGGGUCGCACGACGAGCAGCGCAUCGGCGUCGGGAUCCUCGUCAACGUCGCGGCGAACCCGCGGCUCGGGGAGGCUGCGCUGCGGCGGGUCGGCACGUCGGCCGCCGUCGUGGACCGCCUGGUGGAGAUGCUCACCUGGAGCGGCCCCGCCGAGGCCGCCGCCCGGGCGUCCGCGGCGCUCGUCGUGUCCAAGCUCGCCAGCAAGAAACGGAACGCGCUCCGCGUCGCCAGCGUCCCCGGCGCCAUCGAGUCGGUGUCGUCGCUGCUCUACGCCGCCGACGAAGAGUGCAAUCUCCUCGGCCUCCUCAUCAUCAAGAAGCUGGCUCGCGACCACGACAACUGCAGCAAGAUCGGCAACGCCCGCGGCCUGCUGGACAAGAUCAUCGACUUCUCCGCCAUCGGCGCCGCCGGCGCCGGCCCAGUGAUAACGCCGUCGCGCGCCAAGGCCGUGAAGCGGUCGCUGCAGGUGGUCAAGAUGCUCGCCGAGACGACGGGGAGCACCGGGAAGCUGCUCCGGCGUGAGGUCGCCGAGAUUGUGUUCACGGUGAGCAACAUCCGCGCGGUGCUCCAGCACGGCGCCGGCCACCUCGAUCUGCAACGGCUCGGCGCCGAGGUGCUCACCCGCCUCGCCAUGGACGCGGACGCGCGCGAGAAGAUCGGCGGCACCGGCGGGGUCGUCUCCCUCCUCCUCGCCAUGUUCCUGCAGCCGAGCAUCACCGACGAGGGCGACGCCGCGCGCGUCGAGGCCGGCGAGGCGCUCGCCAUGCUGGCCCUCGAGAGCCGCCGCAACUGCGACCGCAUACUCCGCGCCGGCGGAGACGGCGCCGCCACCGUCGCCCGCCUCGUCGACGCGCUCACCGACGACGCGGCCGGCGUCGGCGCCGCCCGGAUCCUGACCAACCUCUGCGCGUACGCGGGCGGCGAGUGGUUCUCCGACCUCCACCUCGUGACCGCCGGCGCCGCCGCGGCGCUGCGCAACGUGAUGACCAAGAAGUCGAGGCUCCUCGAGGUCUCCCUCGGGCUGGUGGCCCAGAUGACGCGGUUCAUGGGCCCACACGAGCUCUCCCACCACCUCGCCGGCGCCGGCGUCCCCGGCGGCGAGGAGGAGCUGGUCAACCGGCUGGUCAGCGUCCUGUCGAGGUACAGGAGCCCUUCGAUCAGCGUGCCACGGAUCCGACGGUUCACGGUGGAGCUGGCCAUCGCGAUGAUGACGGAAGGGAGGCGGCGGCGCGGGGCGGCGGCGGUGAUGAUGGCGGCGGCCGGGAUGGCGCCGGAGCUGCGGCGCGUGGCGGAGACCACGUCGGAGCUGGAGUGCUUCCACGUGUUCUCCGGCAGCGCCGGGCUGAGCCGCCACGCCGUCUCCCUCUCCGCCCUCGUCGACACCGCGCUCGAGCUCAUGGCCACGCGUGCCACGGACGACCAAUAGCAGCCCGCCACGUGUGAGAAGUCACCAAGCCGUCACGGCCUUUAAUUCGUCGUGUGUACAUGCCAUUUUUAGUUUUUUUUUAACAACAACAACAACAGAAAAAACCACGCGAGUUUAUUGAAUUAAAUUAAUUCUUUCAAUGAUUCUUUGGAGAUUUCAGAUUUGUAGCAGUAAUAAUCACCGAAGGUUUCAACAUCAAUGAGAAUGAUGAAUGAUCG